CUGAAAGCAACUUCAAGUUUCUUCAGGAUGCCUGCGGCACUUGUGGAGAACAGCCAGGUCAUCUGUGAAGUCUGGGCCAGCAAUCUAGAAGAAGAGAUGAGGAAGAUCCGAGAAAUCGUGCUCAGUUACAGUUAUAUUGCCAUGGACACAGAAUUUCCAGGUGUUGUGGUGCGACCCAUUGGUGAAUUUCGUAGUUCCAUAGAUUACCAGUAUCAGCUUUUACGGUGCAAUGUUGACCUUUUAAAAAUUAUCCAGCUGGGCCUUACAUUCACGAAUGAGAAGGGAGAAUAUCCUUCUGGAAUCAACACUUGGCAGUUCAACUUCAGAUUCAACCUUACAGAGGACAUGUAUUCCCAGGAUUCCAUAGAUCUCCUUGCUAACUCAGGACUGCAGUUUCAGAAGCACGAAGAGGAAGGGAUUGACACAUUGCACUUUGCAGAACUGCUUAUGACAUCAGGGGCGGUUCUCUGUGACAAUGUCAAAUGGCUUUCAUUUCACAGUGGCUAUGAUUUUGGCUACAUGGUAAAGUUACUUACGGAUUCUCGUUUGCCAGAAGAGGAACAUGAAUUCUUUCACAUUCUGAACCUUUUCUUCCCAUCCAUUUAUGAUGUGAAAUACCCGAUGAAAAGUUGCAAAAAUCUUAAGGGAGGUCUUCAGGAAGUUGCUGAUCAGUUGGAUUUGCAGAGAAUUGAAAGGCAGCACCAGGCAGGCUCAGACUCACUGCUAACGGGAAUGGCAUUCUUCAGGAUGAACGAGUUGUUUUUUGAGGACAGUAUUGAUGAUGCCCAGUACUGUGGGCGGCUCUAUGGCCUAGGCACGGGAGUGGCCCAGAAGCAGAAUGAGGAUGUGGACUCUGCCCAGGUGAAGAUGAGCAUCCUGGCGAUCACCAACAACAUGCAGCAGUGAUGGCGGCGAGGCUCUGCGCGGCGGGCCUGGUCCCAGAGUGGUGCUUAAUGUGCUGACUCUGUAUACUUAUCUUCCUC